AUGGGGAGGUCGCCGUGCUGCGAGAAGGCGCACACGAACAAGGGCGCCUGGACCAAGGAGGAGGACCAGCGGCUCGUCGCCUACAUCAAGGCCCACGGCGAAGGCUGCUGGAGGUCGCUCCCCAAGGCGGCGGGGCUGCUGCGCUGCGGCAAGAGCUGCCGCCUCCGGUGGAUCAACUACCUCCGCCCAGACCUCAAGCGCAGCAACUUCACCGAGGAGGAAGACGAACUCAUCAUCAGGUUCCACGGGCUCCUCGGAAACAAGUGGUCUCUGAUCGCCGGGCGGCUGCCGGGUCGAACGGACAACGAGAUCAAGAACUACUGGAACACGCACAUCAAGCGCAAGCUCCUCUCCCGCGGCAUCGACCCCAAGACGCACAGACCGCUCGGUGUCUCCACCUCCGGUGCAUGCGCGGCAAGCAGCCAUCACCAGGACCAGGACCAGCUGCUAUCAGCGCGGUCCAGCUGCUCGCCGGAGACCAGCGGUGAUGAUGACAGCGCAUCUGCGCCGCACGACGGAGGCGGCAUCGACCUCAACCUAUCCAUAAGCCUGCCGAGGCAACCGCCUUCGCCGUCACCGUCCCCACUGCCGACGCGGCAAGAAGCAGAAGCAACAAGCGGAGGGGUCGUCUUAGGGGAUGCAAACAGUAGUGAAACAACUACACCUAAAGAGAGUGGUACAAGCUCCUCAUCUGAGAGGAAAACCAUAUGCUUGUGCUUGAAUCGCCUGGGUUUGCAAGGUGCCGAUGAGAGAUGCACCUGCGGUGAUACAUAG